AUGUUGUCUUGCAAUAUCAAAGGAGUGGUUAACAAGUUUCCUCUACGUAUUGUGGCAGAGAAAGUGAUUAAUAAAGAAGUUGAUUUCAAUCCUGAUUUUCUCAAACACAUGUUCGGGAAGAUCGAGUGGAAAGCUUUGGUCGAUGGUGCACGUUCUAUGGGAUACACCGAACUUCCUGAUCACGCACCAGACACGAAGCUGCUCGAAUCCGACGACGAAUCAUUUCUCAUACAAUUCCACCAUGCUUUGCUCGAGCUACACCUUGAAGAAGGCUCACUCGUUUGUCCCGAAACCGGAAGAAAAAUUUCAGUCAACAAAGGAAUCCCCAAUUUGCUUCUUCACGAGGACGAAGUUUAA